CCGUGGGGGUCCUGCAGCGGCAGAAAGUUGCAGGCGGGGUGGUAUUUUAACAAGAGAGGAGUAUUUGCUCCCACUAUUUCACGUGUUAUCGAAGUAACCCGUGACGAACGUUGUCAUGAUGGCAGCAUUCUCACGUAGAAACACGAGCCAGUGGCUGUUUCAUCGUAAAACUCUGUUACACAAAACAAGUUGUGUAACAGGUAGAAAUAAACGAUAAACAGCUGGGUUUAAAGAGAGUAAAGGACUUUUUCUUUUUGUGUGUCACGUGCGUGUUGCUUUCAUCCUGCCGGGGGAAUACACCGCACACCGGCCGGCAUUACACAUCCUUCCUCUGCAGCAUUCUUCACGGGGGACUCCUGGGAUUUGAGGCUUGAAAAACAUGCAAUUGACGUACAAAGAGAGACGCUCAAGGUGCAUCGCCCCUUGCCCCCGGGAGGAUAAUCGGGGGAGACAACUGAAAUAGCCCAUGCACAUCUAUAAACACCCAGGCAUGAACCCUGUCCGCUUUAAACAGAGGAGACCCGUCACUAUGAUGAGAGUAGCAGUAUUCAAGGAAUGUCCUGAUCUGGGAUGCCUUAGGGAAGAGGCUGAGAAUGCCCAUGGGCUCUAACAUAUACACUCAACGAGAGGAUGAUUCAUAAGACGGACGAUGUUCACAGUGACCUAAUCCUCAUCGGCCUGUCCUACAGGCCGUCUGCGCCACAUGUUAAGCUUUUACAUGAUAUCAAAUGGCAACGCUACCUGUAGAACAGUCUUUCUUUUUCCUUCUUCUUCUUGAAACGUGUCCUUGAACUUAAUGAGGUGACAUCACUGUUAAAAGUUUUUUUUAGAUGGCACGCAACGGGGUGAUUAUUGGGGUCAAGGGUUGUGUGACCCCUGAAGGCCAAGGGCUGUUCUCUGUCUGACGGCGAGGCAGGUACAGCGUGGUUAGUGAGUGGCAGUUAGAAAUAAGUGGUGAUAUGUGGCAGGAAUGCAACACAAUGACAUGUUUGACGGCCGGCGCUCGGCUCCCUGGGUGGUUUUGUGGAGGCAAUCUAAAUCUCUCAUUUAUUGUUUUGGACCUGUGCUUUUGGACUGCUUUCAUUGUGGGUGCUUUAUGAGGAGUGCCGAGAAAUAAAGUGAACGCUUCUCAAAAAAAUAAAUAUGGUUCUAACUUUGAGGCCGAUAAGAAGUCCGAAGGCAGAUGACAACAAAGUGUCCCCGUCAUCAUCUUCAUUAUUGUCACAGCAUCCCUUUUAAAGCGCUGUACACAAGUCUUCCGCUCCAGAUUUAGCUCUUUAUGAAAAUGUCUGAUUUUCAGAACCAGCAUGGGCGGGGACUGUGAGAAGACAAGAAGAGGAGGGCGGUGCUAACCUCUUCAUAUUCCCAAAUGUCAAUGAACUCACAGCAGAUUGAACCCUGAAGUGCGCGUGGGCUGCAAUCAUUUAAGGAGGAUGAGCGCUCAGAUAAUACGAGUUAAGUCCAGCGGCACAUUUCUACACCAUGACCGACAGGAUUAACUUGACUUUUCUAAAUAAUUAGAAGGAUUUGAUAAGCCAUUAUUUUGCAUCAGAAGGGAACAAUGUUGGAUGAUUAACUAACUGGAUCAAGCUGUUGAGGGCGCGCUCCAAUUUAUAAGACAGGUGACUUUGAGUAGAAGAGAACAACUCCUUCAAGAUGAGACUGUGGACUCUCCUCGUCCUGAUCCCGGUUUGCGCAUCAUCUCCUCUGCCGGCCGGAACGACCAAAGGUCCAGCUGUGGAGAGCCGCUGCUCCGGCCGAGCCUGCAACCCGCGCAUGGGCAACUUGGCCCAGGGCAGAAUUCUGAGUAGCCAGUCGGUCUGCGGCUCCAACUUCUCGGAGCCCUACUGCGUCUUCAAAGAGACGGCGUCGCCCCGCAGCAGGGAGUCCUGCCCCGCAGCGAAAUGCAGCAAGUGCAACUCCGACAUCCCCGUCCAGGCGCACCCUCCCUCUGCCAUGAGCGACUCUUCUUUCCGCUACCCGACCACUUGGUGGCAGUCCGCAGAGGGGGUGAAGGAGGAAACGCUCCAGCUCGACCUGGAGACGGGCUUCCUCCUCACCCACCUCAUCCUGGUGUUUCGCUCCCCCCGCCCGGCUGCCAUGGUGCUGGAGCGCUCCCAGGACAAAGGGCGCACGUGGAGAGCCCUCGGGUAUUUUGCCAGAGACUGCGAGGAGAUGUUUGGCCUGGCAGAGGGGGGGUCGCCAGACGGGGGAGCAACUUGCACCUCCAAGUAUUCAAGAGCUUCCCCUUGUACCAGAGGAGAGGUGAUCUAUCGAGCUUUAUCGCCCUGGAACUCAGUGGAUCCAUAUGGCCCAGCCGCCCAGGACCAGCUCAUGAUCACCAACCUCCGAGUCCGUCUGCUGCAGCGCCAGCAGUGUCCCUGCCAGGCCAAGCAUCCGGGGGCUGCUGCCCUCCCCACAGACCACUACGCCAUCUACGACUUCAUCGUCAAAGGCAGUUGCCUGUGCAAUGGACAUGCUGACCACUGCGUACCGGCCGGGGGCUACCGACCCAGCCGGCAGAAGACCAACAACAUGGUCCACGGCAGGUGUGUCUGCAGACACAACACGGCCGGUGAGCACUGCGAGCGCUGUGCCCCUCUCCACAAUGACCAGCCCUGGCAGGCUGCCAACGGCAUCAUCGGGACGCCACAUGAGUGCCAGAAGUGCAAGUGUAACGGUCACGCCAAGAGCUGCCACUUCAGCCGUGGCUUGUGGCUGGCGACAGGACGCCGGAGUGGCGGCGUGUGUGACGACUGCCGCCACCACACCGAGGGCCGGCAUUGCCAGAGCUGUGAGAGGGGCUUCUUCAGGGACCCCGGCCGACCAAAAACGGCCCCUGGCUCCUGCAAAGCCUGUUCCUGCCACCCUGCGGGCUCCGUCCUCUUUGGAGGGAGCACUCUCUGUAACCCUCGCAGUGGGGAGUGCACUUGUAAGCCCGGUGUCGGGGGUCCCCGCUGUGACAGCUGCAUGCUGGGAUACUGGGGCCUCCACGAAUACGGCUGCCGUCCAUGUGACUGCACGGGGCACUGUGACCCGUACACUGGUGACUGCAUCUCUGGCUCCGACGCGGAGGUGUUCUAUACAGCCACCGGCCACAUGGGACGCAGCAGCAAUACUAGUGAGAUGGCACUCUUUAAGCUAGAGGAGCUUUUCUCUGCACUGCACCACUCCGAGAAAUGUGAGUGUGUAGAAGUUACACUCGGCAGCCCUAAACUCUUCUGUGCUGCAGAGUAUGACUUUGUGCUGGUGGGGAAGGUGAUGUCAGCUCACGAUAAAGGCUCCCAUGCAGAGGUGGAGCUCAAGGUCAAGAAAGUCUUGUACCAGAACCCCCAGAUGAAGAUCCAGAGGGGAAGCGUUACCCUUUACCCAGAGUCCUGGACCACCCAUGGCUGUACCUGUCCCGUCCUCAACCCAGGAUCUGAAUAUGUUGUGGCUGGUCAUGAGGACUGGAAGACCGGCCGGCUGAUGAUCAACACCAAGAGCCUGAUUAAAUCGUGGAAGUCGACCCUGGGACAUAAAAUUCUCCACAUCCUCAGAAAUGACUGUGGCCGCCGGUAGGGCAACGGCGGUCUGUGACAUACUGGAGUGUGCAGAACAGAGGGCCUUUUCGAAUUAGGCAAAGCUUUGACACUUAAAUGAAAGCAGAAUCUAAUGCCCACAACGGGUAUUUUAUGUUUCUAAAUAUGUCUCAAGUGCACUUCCUCAGGAGAAAGCUUCAAUGCCACAGUGCUGUGGUUGUUAGCCUGAGGUAGAAAUAAGCACAUAUACCUCUCCAGACUCCAGCCACUUUAGAGUAGAAAAGAACAACGCCUUUCAUCUGAACAAAGACAACGCUGAUGGUGAACCUUCAUUCCUGUACAGUAUGAUAUUUUCCAGGUUAUUUAUUAGCAAUAAGCAAAAGCAUGUUAAAAACUCAAUUACGCUUUAUCUCCGGGCCAAACGUUUCUGUCAGAGUUGAUGAGCCGGUCACGUCCUACUGCAUCAAUUUCACUGAGAGCUGUUUACUUUGAAAUCCUGGAAAAGCAGCGGAGUAAAUUAUCCUUGCCGUCUCACAGAUAUUGCCGAUAAAUCACGAAUGAAGUCAACAUCCGAAUGUGUGCGAGUGUGGAUGUGUGCGUUUGCUUGAUGUCCUUGGCAGGGAGUCGGGGACUGUGCAGGUCACAACAAGCAACUCCUGGAUGAGGGGAGGAGGAGGAGGAAAAAAACAUGAAAGGAAAUCAGACGGCUUAAUCUGAGCAGCUCUGCUGUGUGACAAGAGCAAAGCACACUCUGCUCCACCAGCUCAGGCAACCGGCUCAAACACUUGGGAUUGAGUUUGCACUCGCAGCUUGUGCAGCUACAAGCGGGGGCCAUUGUCGAGUCGCUCCAGACAGAUUCUGUGAGGAUUUUCAGCCGUCCUCGUACGAACAUGCCUCCUUGUGAGGAGUAUUUACUUAAGAAGGCCUCUCAAAACCCGACCCUGUGGGAGCCAGUGUGCGUGUGUGUGUGAGAAAGCGAACACUCUUUAACAUAUAUGCUCCUCUUUUUGGCCUGUGACUCCUGCCGCUCCAAAAUAAACAUGUAUUAAAAGCCUCUGACAUCACAGUGUAUCAGAUCCAGAGUCCACGGCGGGCCCAGUUAAGAAUAGGUCUGGUCCGCUGUCUCCAAGGAGAAGGACGAACUCCCUGAGGAGACAUGAGGCAUUCCUCCAACGUGACAUGAGCGGUCAUGUCCUUGUCCCAAAGACUUUACCAAAAGAAGAGAAAUGGGCUGGAGAUUUUCAGGACAAAUUGGUGAUUUAACGUACAUGAAUGUAUUCUGCCAUCAAUGUGAUAUCUGUAUUGCUAUUUCUGUGUGUUCUAUGUGUUUUUUUCCCUCCAUUUAAACUACAAAAACAACAAAUCAGCUCAUUCUUAAUGCUCCAGGGAACAAUCUGCUUCUUUCCAUGUUGACAUAAUGCUAAAGCACAAGACUAUGAAUAGCCUGAUGUGUGUUUCUAUAAUAUAUAUUGUUAUAUAUUUA